AUGGCUACCACGACCGGACUGGACUAUCUUCGCUCGCGCACUGUCGUGGAUUGCGACACAGCGGAUAUUGAGGUUGCUAGAUCGCUCGGCCCUUUUCAACACUCAACCUCAAACCAGGCCAUUAUUCUCGGAGAACUAUUGAAACCGUCUUCUGCAGAGAUUGUUGCCUCCGCCAAGGUGGAUGCGAAGGUUCUCCAUCCAAAGUUUUCUUCCAUUAGUGUCGAAGAACUGGCUGUUGAAAUUGGGAUUGUACGCCUGGCCGUGAGAAUGUCGGGUCACGUCAAGGGUACCGUCCUCGUUCAAACAAACCCCUACUACUCGUACUCACAAGAGAAGACGAUUGUGAACGCUCUUCGACUUGUCCAGCUGUUCCAGCAUGUCCAACCAGGAUUUGAUAUCACACGCAUCGCUAUCAAAAUUCCCAGUACUUGGGAGGGCAUGAUGGCCUGCCACACACUUGAGCUGGCCGGUGUAAGAACUCUUGGUACCAUGCUCUUUACCAUGACCCAGGCCGUGCUCGCGGCUGAGGUGGGCUGCACUUACAUCUCGCCCUAUGUCAACGAACUCAGAGCUCAUCUCCAAGAAGGUUUUGUGGACCAUGCAAAGCUGCUUCCACUCUGCCGGGCAAUCCAAGAGUACUACAAGUCAAUCAAUGCCAAUACCCAGGUUUUGGGAGCUAGCCUCACUUCUACCGAGGAAAUCUACUCUCUUGCCGGCAUAGAUCGUCUUACUAUCUCGCCACCUUUGCUUGAGCAGCUCAGCACCCAAGCUGCGCCUGUGAAUGCCCCAUCGCUAUUUGAUGCUGCUCCGACUACGCCGCUCCCAGCCCCAGGAACUUCGUACUUGAAUGACUCGGGAAAGUUCCAGAUUACUUUUACUCGUGACCUGAAUGGUGCCAGUAAUGUAAAAUUGAUAGAGGCUGUCAAUGCCUUCUGUGGCUUCCAGGACAAGCUGGUGCAGCUCAUGUCAUAA